AUGUCUGGCGCCGUUAAUGUCUACACGAAGGACGCCCCCUUCCCCCUGGGCCCUUACUCCCAGGCCGUCAAGACCCCCACGGCCAUCUACCUGUCCGGCUCUAUCCCCCUGACCGCCGACGGCAAGUUCGUUGAGGGCACCAUCGCCGAGAAGACGAGACAGUGCAUCCUCAACCUCAAGGCCAUUGUUGAGGAGGCUGGCUCGUCCGUCGAGAAGAUCGUCAAGGUCAACAUCUUCCUUGCUGACAUGGACAACUUCGCUGAAAUGAACGGCGAGUACGAGAAGUGGUUCUCCCACAAGCCUGCCCGCAGCUGCGUUGCUGUUAAGACGCUUCCCAAGAACGUUGACGUCGAGAUCGAGGCUAUUGCUCUGCCGUAA